AUGUACCAACAUCAAGGAAACUCCCAGUCCGGGCCGGUUCAGGUGAAUCAACUCCGCAGUGGAUAUCAACUCAUUACCGACUAUGCGAUAAGAGCAGCAAGAGAAAACAGCCGUAACUCUAUGUCACUGGCCCGGGAGCAGGCACGAAUGCUCAGGAAAGUGAUCCGAGAAGCUGAAAAGCAAAUGCUUGGAGCCGAUAGUGCACGUAUGGAGUGGUUAGAUCUCCAGAUGCAGACUAUGGAGGAUGAACUUUAA